AUGACACGCAAAGACGGAACAGAGUCGGGAAAUGAUGAAGUCCAAAAUCAAAUGGUUGCACAAGAGUCGGUAUCUGUAGAAGAGGUCAAGAUGUUGAGACAACAGAUGGCCGAAAUGUAUGAAGCUUGGAUGAAUGGACAGGCUCCCCCAUCUUCAAUUUGGGAAUACCUGAAUGUAAAUAUGCCAUUCCCCAUUCAAGUCUCAACAAGUGACCCGAUUUAUCCACCUGGAUUUGGACCCUACGUUAAUACAUCUAAUACUGCUGGAACUUCCUCGGUACACCCGUUGAAUCCACCCAUGAUGAAUAAUCCACUCUUCAUGCCAAUUGUGCAAACUAAUGCAAAUCCUCAACCAACACUAGUACAAAAAUCCAAUGAUGAUCCUAUACCCAAAGAUCAAUAUGGCCAAGGUCAGACCCCUAAAUUGACUUUCAAAAUUCCUGAUUCUUACCACCACACUCAUCAAUACAGUACCCCCGUUGAGGUUGAAAAAACUAUUAAGGACGAGGAACAUGAAGAAAUUGCAAGAAAAAUGAGGAGUUUGGAGCAAAACAUAAGGAAUAUGCAAGGGCUGGGAGGACACAAAAGUGUCUCGUUCAAGGACUUAUGCAUGUUUCCAGAUGUUCACUUGCCUAUAGGGUUCAAAACUCCAAAGUUUGAUAAGUAUAACGGUCAUGGCGACCCAGUGGCUCAUUUGAAAAGAUUUUGUAAUCAGCUAAGGGGAGCCGAAGGAAAAGAAGAACUUCUUAUGGCUUACUUUGGAGAAAGUCUAACGGGUGUAGCCUCAGAAUGGUUUAUCGAUCAAGAUAUUUCUCGAUGGCAUGUCUGGGAUGACAUGGCGCAAGAUUUUGUCCAACAAUUCCAAUACAAUAUUGAUAUCGUUCCGGAUCGCAAUUCCCUAGCUAAUAUGAAGAAGAAAUCGUCUGAAAGCUUUAGGGAAUAUGCCAUAAGAUGGAGGGAGCAGGCGGCUAGAGUCAAACCGCCGAUGAAAGACUAUGAAUUGAUUGAUGUUUUUCUCCAGGCACAAGAACCUGAUUACUUUCAUUACCUUCUUGCUGCAAUAGGGAAGCCUUUCGCCGAAGCAAUUAAGAUCGGAGAAGUGGUAGAGAAUGGCAUAAAAUCGGGUAAAAUUGUAAGCCAGACAGCUAUUAGAGCUACCACACAAGCAAUUCAAAGCGGGUCAGGUAAUUUUGUAUAUCGAAAAAAGAAAGAAGAAGGGUCCAUGGUGACGUCUGGAUCGAGAGGUAUUCAAAUGAGCAUGAACCACCCUUAUGUUCAAGUCCAACAAGAACAAUCUAAUUCUCCUCAACAUUAUUACCCAUCCCAAUAUGCAGUCCUCAACACUCAAGCAUAUAUCCGACCUCCUCAACGCCAACAAUGGCGGGCACCUGCCCCACAAGGUUCUCGCCCUCAACAACAAAAUUUUCAGGCACCCCAUAAUCCACGUCCCCGGAUGGAUUAUACAAGAGAACAAGGUCGAAAAGAAAACUUUACCCCAAUUGGAGAGUCAUAUACGAGUUUGUUGCGGAAAUUAGUACAAUUAGGAUUGGUUGAACCUGUCAAUCCCUAUUUUGUCAAUCCGAAUGCAAGAGGCUUUGAUCCAACUGUUAUAUGUGAGUAUCACGCUAACACUCCAGGUCAUAGCACAGAGAAUUGUUGGACUCUAAAAAGAGUCAUUGAGAAGUUGAUUGAGGAUAAGGUAAUUGAGAUACAUAAUGAGGAGGCGCCAAAUGUCACCAAUAACCCACUCCCUGCUCACAAUAAGGAGCAUAUUGUGGGGAUGGUAGACAUUUAUGAAGAUUGUGAGCAAACAUGUAGAACAAAAAUGGAAAGCAGAGAUUCAAAAGAAGAGUCGAGUAUGGUUUUAGAACCCAUACAAAAGGCACCGAUAAUUGUGAAUGGUGCAAGUUCAAAUUUUGGAGACUCGAGAAAACUUGUGUUGUAUGUCCCUGGAGCUGUAAAAAGAAGAGAAGUACCGUUGAAUGGACCAAAAUUAUACAUUCCUGGUAAGCUUCGAGCAUUUGGUCAAAAUCAAGAAAGCGUGAAAGAGCCAGUUGUGAUACAAAUUGCAACACAACUUCCGAUGACAAACACCAAGACCGUUCCAUGGAAUUACAACAAAGUCGUUGUUACCCACAAGGGAAAGAAGAUUGUUGAAGAGACAAAUGAAAUAAGAGGAUUAACUCGUUCUGGGAGGUGUUAUGCUCCAGAAGAAUUAAGAAGAGACAAACAAGCCAAAGAAAAUCAGUUGCCGGUUAAAAAACCUGUCACUGAGGAGGAGGCUGAAGAGUUCUUGAAAAAAGAUGAAAGCUCAAGAUUAUUCUGUUAUUGA